CGCGUUUCUCCCUAACAAUGCGGCACUAAAUAGACAGCUCCUUAAUAUUUGAUUCGGCAGAAGAGGCCGCCAGUGAGUCGAAUAAUAUUCUUCCGUCAAAGGUAGGUUGAUGCUCUCCGAACUGUUAUCUUACUAGUCAUCGUCCAGGUUUUGCGUCCAUGCCUGCUUGUAUCACAACAGUUCAACUCGUCUCUAGCCUCGCCCUCUCCAGAUGGUGAACUCUAAAUGGAGAGCCUCGUCUCUAAACGUUUCUGCAUUGCCUCUAUCAUCUUCUAGUCUACCCCAUGGUAGGUUGGUGUCAAACGUACUGCCGGGUUCUCAGCUACUUAGUGUUUCGGCCGGUCUACCUUCAGCCACCGAUACCACAUAUGGUUUAUUGGGGCAGAUCCAUCAUCCAUCGAUUAUAGCUUCAACCGAUUUCCUUUCAUCAAGCCAAAUCAACAUUGAGCCCAGAACAGAAAGCCCUGAAGCAUUCUUUAUAGCCGCACUCGGGAGCUCCGAAGAGAAGAGGGUAAAGCGGUUAGUCAGCGUGGUUCGUGGCUUUUCUAAAGCUGAUGAAUUUUCUGUUGGAUUGCAUCAGAAUUUGUCUGGGUGGUUAUACAUCUUCAAGUCUGAACCGGAAGUUGGAUUUGAAGAUGGAUCCGCACCGGAGACGGCAUUUGAGGCCGGUGUUGCUCAAAGGCUUCGUCAACUAAAGCAGGCCCGCUGUAAAAUGAAGGAGAAAUGGGCAGAUACUCGCCUCUGGCUGGUUUUCCUUGCUCACGAAGUGGAAUAUAUAUCUCAGUGGGAGCACAUCAGCCUUUAUACCUCUCGUGGGGUUGACUCAAUGUCCGCUGCUAUAAAGAUGGCCACGAAGUACUUGGACAAGGCCAAUGGUGAUUACAAGAGAGGCAGAAACAUCAUACAGGUCAUGAAAGAAGGAGGCCCGGCUUCAUUGCUAGAGAGUGGGUGCUUCCCGCAAUCCAGGUAAGCUACAUUCCUGUGCUUUGCCAACGAUGACUAAUGAUGUAUUCCAAGGUGGGAAAGAUUCCUGGCCCUAGAUGAUAUCACUCACAUCUUUGCGUACAGAAGAAAUAAACUCCUAGAUUUAGAGGCACGGACUGACUCGCACAACUUUGAGGUCUCACAGGCAAUUUUAGAUGGUUUUAUGAAGUAUGGGUGGUCCUUCUCGGAACUUCUAGACACCAAUACCAGGGUGAUGGCAGUACUGAAGCCCUACGUUCAACACCAAAGACAGCAUACCGAUGGCGGGCUGGGAGACUCGGGGUUUCGAAGUAAGUUGGUUUUAGGACAACUGCCUCUCGAACACCCCGACCGAAAACGGCGAAAUGUCAAUCUGAUCAAGUUCGAAGAUCCUGUAUCUCACGAACAGCAGAAGUCCUCCGAGCCUCCUCCUGCUCAUGUUCCUCUGAAACGGACACACCUAUGGAGUCAUGACUCGGAAAGCAGGGCAGAUAAAAGAAAGCGAUCGAGUUCAUCGACUUCGGUAAGGCAUCUCUGGAUACCUGCAGCCCCAUUCGCUGACAAUGGAUUUGUUUUCCAGUUCAAUCGUUCCAAAGUUUCAAAUUCACCAUCUUCACCUCAGGCUCUGUUGGUUCUUGAGAGUCUGUUCUAUAAUAUCAAGAUAUAUUUCGAAACCUCUUGUCGAAAUAUGAUUUUAGACGACCAUGGAACCCUCCUCACUUUAAAUGGCUCCAAGUUACAUAAUGGCCUAUGCAACGAUUUCGAUUCGUACUGCUUUACCGCUACCAUGCUCAAAGAAAAGGGGUUUUACGUCGAGUUUCGACGCGCACUUUCCAAAGCUUUUGCUCUUGUCGAACAAAUCCUUCGAACCGAGCAUCCUCGAACCCUAGCCUGCUUUCUCGAAGUGUUCAUCCACCUCAUACAAACCAAACUCCCUGAAGUAGUUUCCUCUCUCCGUGAUUUCAUCAAAAGAAUGUCCGCAAAGGUCACUAUGAAUGGGCAUCCCUGGAGUCAAAUAUGUCGGCUUCUCGGUGAACUUGACUCGGAAUCUCUUGAUCAGGCGAUGGCACAAUGUUGGAAAUGCAUUACUUAUACUUUUGAUAGCGAACUUGGAACGCUCAGUCCACUUGCUGUGUCUGUCCGUCUCGAUUAUAUAAAGCGCGUGUACGGGAUUACGAAUUAUCUUGAAGAAGAACGGCUUCUACGAGAUCUCCUUGCUCAAUUUGGGGGCAUUCCUAGACUCCCGACCCCACGGGUGAUGCUCAACCUGGCGCAUAAUUUGAACAGACAGGGACGAUAUGACGAAGCACAGGAGAUGACGCUGAAUGUCCUUUCGCUGCUUCAAGAAUAUGAGAUAUAUGCUAAGAGAAUUGUCGAGAGAAUAGAAUCUCUGAAAAUCGUUUCUUGCAGUCAAUUUAACCAAGGGAAGACCCUGGCAGCAGAGCAGACUAUGCGAGAGGCGAUACAAAUGAUUGUGCAUCACUGGGGAAGACAACAUUCUUGGGUCUCUGAAUUUAUGAAUGUUCUGGAGGGUUGGCUUCGAGGCUGGGGCCAGGAAGAUGCCGCUAACACACUACGGGGAGAAAUAGAAGAGUUGAUGGGGAAGGAUGAAAUUGAUGAGCAGCGUGAUAGGGUACAAGGCUCGAAGCCUAAAGUACAUACACUCCACUAG